AUGCCUGCCGCCCCCUCGAGCUCCAAGAGCAAUACAGUUCGGCAUGACAUGUCUGUUAUUCUAGUCACUGGCUCCUACGACCACGAGAUCCGUUUCUGGGAGGCCUGGAGCGGAAUCUGUUCUCGCACCAUUGCUCGUACAGGAGAGUCCGGCCAAGUCAACCGCCUUACCAUCUCACACGAUAAACGAUUCCUUGCUGCUGGCGUCCACAAGAAGAUUCAUAUUUACGAUAUUGCGAGUUCAUCGUCUGACCCACUCGUGAUACUGGAUGGACAUGGCAACAAUGUCACCUCAGUUGCGUUUAAUUCCGAGGGCAAAUGGUUGGUUUCGGGGAGUGAGGAUGGUACCAUCAAACUAUGGGACCUACGGAGCUCCUCGACUCAAGCUCAGCGGUCGUACGAUAAUGCGGCACCAGUGAAUGACGUUGUCAUCCAUCCCAACCAAGGAGAAUUGAUAUCUUGUGAUCAAGCGGGAAGUAUAAAGCAAUGGGAUCUCACAGAUAAUAUUUGUUCUCAUGAACUUACACCCGCGGGUGAUAUUCCAAUAAGGUCAAUAACUCUCGCGUCGGACGGUUCGUGUCUUGUCGCCGGGAACAACAAGGGGCAAUGCUAUGUCUGGAAGGUCAACGAAGAAAGUACAGGACUUCCACGAUUCCAAGCAGUAACACGCUUUUUGGCCCAUAACAAAUACCUUACGCGUUGUUUGCUCAGUCCCGAUGCACGGUAUUUAGCGACAUGUUCGGCGGACACUACAGUGAAGAUUUGGUCUAUUAGUCCAACCUAUGACUUCAAACAAGAGAAGGUGCUCUCUGGUCACCAACGCUGGGUUUGGGACUGCGCGUUUAGCGCGGAUUCGGCGUAUCUCGUUACAGCCUCGUCCGACCACACAGCACGCCUCUGGGAAAUGGCGUCCGGGGAAACCGUCCGACAAUAUAAUGGACACCACAAAGCUGCUGUCUGUUGUGCUCUUCAUGACGGGGCGAGCUGA